CAUCAAUGUUGUUGUUUCAUCAACGUUGUGAUAAUAAUAAAGUAAAGUGUUGUGAUUGUAUUUUAUCAAAAGGAAAAAAUUUAAAAAAAUCAAAAAUAUCAUCUACUACCGGUGAUGAUAAUGAUAGAACCGUUUAUUCAUCAUCAUCAUCAUCAAAUUCGCAUCGAAUUAAUGUGAAAACUUCAAAAACCUUUAUACGAUUACUUGUCAGUAUAUUGUUUAUCACAUCACGUAUUACAUCUGUAUCAUGUAUGCUUGAUGCAUUGAAAGCAUUAUUUAUAUUGACCGGUGCUAGUACCUAUUUAGUGACUAAAUAUGUCAACAUUAGUCAACAACAACAGCAGCAGCAACAGACCAAUGGAAUAAAUGGCCCAUUUUGGACACCAUCAUCAUCAUCAUCAUCAUCAUUAUCAUCAGCAGCAACAAAUCUUUCAUGGUUGACAGCUAUACCAUCAUCAUCACAACAAUGGCCAUUGUAUCGUGAACAAUUCCAACAGCAACAGCAUUCACAAUCUAAUACAAUGUUUGGUCAUCAUCAACAACAGCAACAACAACCAUUGAAUCAAAAUUAUACAAAAAAUGGUCAUUUAAUACUUAUGUCAGAAAAAAUCAAUUUUUUAAAAGGUGAUCAACAAUCUUCAUCUAUUAACAACAACAAUGGAAAUAAUAAUAAUAACAAGUCACCAUCGAUAUCGCCAAUUAGACCAAUCUAUGUGUUGGCAAUAGAAGAAGAAGAAGAUGAAAGACAGAUGCCUAAAUCAUUAUUAAAUCUAUCAAUCAGUGCUGAUCAUAAUCAUUAUCACAAUAAAUCAACACACGAACAUCAAACCAAUCCAUUGAAUGGUAUACAAGUGGAUUAUAUACUUGAUACAACGAAAAUUGAUGAUUAUGCUCAAAUUUUAAAAUAUUUUGCCUUGAAUCGUACAACUGGUGAACUUUUUCUCAUCAAUCCAUUGGAUCGUGAUCCACCAAAUGGUCGAUCACGAUGGCGAUUCUCUAUACAAGCACGUAAUCGUCAAACACAAAUGAUUCUAGCAAUGGCCGAUGUAGCAAUCACUGUACGAGAUAUUAAUGAUAAUAAACCAUUAUUUGAACAAAAAUUAUAUCGUACAACAUUGAUGGAAAAUGGACCAGCUGGACAGAUUCUUUCAAAAUUGCACGCCAUCGAUUUCGAUGAAGCUGAUUUAGCUGAUAAUGGGAAAAUUCUUUAUUCAUUAAUUAAAUCACCUGUAAGCGAUUCAAAAUGGACAACCGACCUAUUCCAUAUUGAUCCACAUAAUGGUGUAUUGACCGUUUUGGGUUGUUGUUUUGAUCGCGAACGAAGAUCCGAAUAUCGGUUAAUUGCACGUGCUACAGAUGCAGGUGGCCUAUGGGAUGAGACGAAAAUUGUUGUCACAAUUGGUGACCUGAAUGAUAAUCCGCCAAAAUUUCUGAAUCCAUCACGAGCUUUACGAUUAAAUGAUGAAAUGAAUUUGCAUAAUCAUAAUCAACAUGAAUCAUCAUCAUUCGAAUAUGAAGAUGAAAAUAUAUUCACAUUUUACAUAUCGGAUGAAGAUCUACCUGAAAGUAAUCAUCAUCAUUAUGAGAUUAUCAAUUCAACCGAAUGUCCAUUAUUUAAACGUUUCUAUAUUGUUGUCAAUGUAGACGGAAGUGGAACAUUGUAUGGAACUCGUCGUAAUGAAUCUGAACUUCGACAAUAUAUUCGCAUGUCAUCGGAUGAUCAUCAAUCGAUGAAUAAAUCUAAUGUCAAUGGAGCUAAUCAAACAUUGGCCAUGACUAAUCAAUUGGUCACAACAGAGACUAUUUGCUAUUUGGAUGUAGUUGUACGUGAUUCUAUUCGUGAUGAUCAGGUUACAUCAUCAUCAUCAUCAUCCGGAUUGAUAUAUGAAGAUCGAACAACAUUAACGUUAGUCUAUCAAUUCAAUUGGGAUAUUGGUGGCAAAAAGAAAAUGUCUAAUAAAAAUAAUGGAACGAAUUCCGGAAUGAACAGUAAUGUUAAUAGUAGUAAUGCUAAUGCAGUCAUUGCACUCGAUCAUUUUGCUGCUGCUGGACCAAAGGCUUCCGAUCUUUCAACAAAAAUCAAUAAUCGUAAAUCUAUUCAAUCAUCUAAUGAUGUCAACAGCGGUGCUGCUGGUGGUGGUCAUCAUAGUUCUUGUUCAUUGGUAAAUGGUGCCUUAUGUUCAAAUCCAUCAUCAUCAUCAUUUGAUGAUGAACUAGCAAAUGAGCCUCAUCAUUCAUUCUCAUCAAAUGUUUCAACAAAUAAUAACGGCAUACUAUUCAUCACUGCAACUGGCUCAUUUACUGCCUUUAAACAAUGGCUAAAAUGGGCUACAAACAGUAAACAGUUUCUAAUCUAUGCUUCAAUCAUAAUUUUCUCCAAUCUUAUAAUCUUACUCAUUAUUACGACAUUUUGGCUUAUAAGAUUGAACGCUCGCAGGGCUGACAAUAACGAAAGUCAAUUAACCAUCAAUUUGGCUGAUGAUUAUUUAUCAGCAACAACAACAAUAGCAACAACAACAACGACAACCAUACCGACAGCCAUAACAACCAAUAAUGCAACCUAUUAUCAAAUCCCGAUGAUUGAACAGCAAUCACAACAACAACCAUUUCCUCUUUUCGAUCCAUCACAUUCGACAAAUUUUUCGACAAAACCACCAGAACAAAAUCUUAUGAACAUAAUGAAUUCAAAUACAAACAUUCUAUUCAUAAAUAAUGAAGAAGAAGAAGAAGACAAAAAUGGUCUAUCCUAUUUGAACAUUUUGAAACCUUCCUCUUCCAUUCCGACGACAACGACAACGACAUCAACAACAACACAGCAUCAUGCACAAAUCAUUGACAGUCAACAAUUAUCAUCAUUACCAAGCUAUAUCAAUUGUUGAUGACCAUUAAUCAACAACAAUGUUAUUGUUUUUUUUU